AUGAAUUUCCAAACAGCUCAGCGAUGUCUGGAGCUGGCUGCAGGCGUCGCGGCUGAGAGUGAAAGCUGUUCGUUAGAACGUAAUAAGCACUCUGGACUAGAUGAGCAGAGCGACGUGCCCAUGACGCAGGUUCCGGACGAUUCGGGUUCAAAUGUGCUUUUGAGCACUCAGAUCCAGGGCAGGCUUGAUGAGUUAGAGCUGAAAGAUGGAAUGCGUAGAGACCUCUCUCAAUUUGCACUUGACACUCCUUUGCCUGCAGCUAUAGAGAAGAAGAGCACCAGAAGAGCGAAAGUAAAACCAGGUACUCCUAAACCGCGUUCAAAUAAGAGACGCAAGAGAAGCAGCACUACAGUGAAAAGUAUCACGCAGUAUAACAUGGAGAAAUUCGAGUCCAUCAAGGGCCAGCAGCGCAGACGCCAUGUCAUGUCCCUUCUCUCUGGGAAGAAGGGGAAAAUCAAGGAUAUCUUGGACUGUUUAGAGGCCGACCAGCCCUCCCUCAUACCACCUAAAAAAAAGUGCUCUUUUUCCACUUAUAGCGCGGAAGAAUGGUCACACAUUCUACAGCUGCUUAGCUCUCGGUUUCCACGCUGUCCCCCAUCUCAAGUGGACAGGGUAUUUGACUAUCUUUACGGAGAAGAAGAUGAAGCACAUGUUUGGUACGCGUCACAAAUACCGCCCGCCGGUGCCGAAGAUCAGGUGGAAGGCUCUCGUGGCUCUUGCUUUCAGGCAGUGCCUCCCGUGGCGCUUACUCUCUCGCAGGCGAUUGAGGAUGACGGCAACCAUAAUGUGGGUAAGAGCAACGAAAUUGGAGGGUGUAGUGGAAGUCAAUCGGACACACAGGAAGCGUGGUCGUGCAUUCCUAAUACCACUGAUGAAUCAAGCUCGGAAAUCCACAUCGAUGAAAGCUUUGCUCGAGACUUCAAAGACCAGAUGCUACGCUCGGCUGCUGUUAGCCCCUCUAAGUUAAACGCACUUCCAGAUACUUUUGAGGCCCCCAAAGCUUUGUCGCACAAAGUACCGUCACUCGAAUUCUUGCACACAAAACAACCUCUCAGAAGUUCCAAACUAGAACGACAGAACACAGUCGGCUCCGCGUUCUCGUGCAAACCAGUUGUCACAUCUCCAUUGAAACUCGCGGGACGAGACCAAUUGAUAGACUUGACGCAGAAUUCGUUUAAUGUCGUCACUUCCCUGAUGUCCGUAGUGAAAACGGAUAUACAAGUUCCAUUGACCAGAACUGCAACGUGGAACGACAAGCCUGUCACCAUAAACUCUGGAGCGACUCGCACCAAGCCCAACGGCCUAAACACAAAACUUAAGUUUCGAUUGUACCGAAAUGUCGACCGUGCGGCCGUGUAUGCUUCCGCCAGCGAAAGCUGUGCCCAUUUACAAUGGGAAGCUCUUGGAAGCCUUUACAACGACAGUGAAGGGGAUGGAGACGAAGAAGAUGUCUACGAGCUUUUGCAGGUUACUUUUGGUCCCCAUAAUGACAGCACCAGUCCGGCUGCGAAAGUAGUAUCUGCUAGGAAUUCUCAAGAAAACACAGUUUUCAGUGAAGAGAUGCAACCUUCGGAAACUCAAGUGGAAAAAUCUCCCUCGCUGCCUCCCUCUCUGUCUUUUUGCUUUGCUAAGGACCUACGCCACAAUCUCAAAGCUAUUGGUCUCAAACCUAAACGAACGCGAUCUGAGAUGCUUCACCAAAUGGAGUCUGCUUCCCAGCAUCUUCUAGAAGGAACACACGAGCAUCAACGACAACAGAUUUUCGACCAACUUACCGCAAUAGUUGAACAUGACCCACCUUUAUUGGAAAAGGUCUACACGUUCGAACCGCUGGUUUUCACCGAGCUGCUACAAUACCUAAUAAAACAGCACCCACUUGUGAGCGAUCUCGACGAAAAAACGGUAAGAACCUGGGCAGACACCAUGGGCAUAUGUCUCAGAAGCGCCGCGGAAGACUAG